AUGGAUAAGAAAGAGUCCCAAGAAGAUCUGGAGACAGUCAAAAGUAACGAUGGCAAUCACACUGUCGAGCUCGUGAGCGAGCUAGAGCCACUGCGUAAGAAGGACGAAGACGAGUGGGUCGCCGUAUUCCACGGUCGCUACAACAACGAGGAUGUAAUCGCCAAGUACUUCCUCGUCACCGGAGCAACACUCACGGAAACCGGAGCACCACGCACGGAAAGCAUCCGAUCUUACAACGAAGUGGCCGCUUUGAUGGACCUCAGGGACAAGAACUGCACCUCAGCACCACACUACAUUCACGACUUCCGCAAGACGACAGACGAGGGCUACAAACGCUGGGUCCUGUUGACGUACCUCCCAGGAACGGCGGUGAGCAUUCUCGUUGACAACAACGAUUUCGAUUUCGAAGGCCAGAAGGACGAGAUUAAGAGAGCUUUCGGGGUGGCCAUGCGUGAGCUCUGGCGUUGCGGAGUGGACAGCAAGAGUCCUCAUCUCGGCAAUGUGCUGUGGGACGGGGGAAGCAAGAAGUGCUAUAUCGUCGACUUCGAGCAGGCGGACACGGACUUCGUGAUGCCCAAAGUGAUGCCGACCGAUGAGGAGCUGUGGAAAAGGUGGAAGGAUCAGAAGAUGAGUUCUGUUGCAGGAUCAAAUGCUGGAGCAAAUGCUGGAUCAAACGCUGGAUCGAUCGCUGGGUCAAAGGCUGCAUCGAAGGCGGAAGGUUCUGGUAAGAACAAGAGAUCGAACUUCGAGUAG